UAAAAAAAUUGUUUUUAUUUUGAUCGCAGUUUUUCCACAAAGCGUGCACUAGCAGUAACUAGUUAAGAAUAGACUAACUAAUUGGAGUUCACUAGAAAGGGCAUCUUCGGAAGGUGUGUGAUUAGAUAAACGGAAAGAUAAAGCUUAAGUUCGUCUUCGAACUCGGCUGCGUGCAGGUGAUAAACAAGUGAAGCUGUCCGUGCGAAGGACUCGAUUCUGAGAAUUUCACCAUGCACGAGACGGGUUCGUUGGCCAGGUCAAAAUCUGUCGAGAAAAACUCGCAUAAAAAUCAUCCACCGGCCUCGUGUUGUUGGCCGCCACUGCUACAGAAGGAAUCGUUUCACACCGCAAUCUCACGUCUGGUCACUGGAUAAUAACAAAAGAAAAAAGGAAUGCCUACAGUACGCUUACUCUGGAGCCCAUUUCUAGCCCCCACCAUCCCAAAACAGUGGCCAGCUCUUGCUGCAAGACAAUGGAAAAGGAUGGAACGGAUCGGUAACCAAGACCCUUCGCUUCGGUUCUUUUCCUCCGGAAUGAUGCACCGGUUCAACAAGAGCGUUAUUGCUCCCGAACAUCUGGCCACUUACGAGGAGAUCGUGCAGUUGGCAAAGCAACCGGAAGCGGAAGCCGCGCUGCUGAUAGACGUCCGGGAACCGGCGGAACUGGAAGCGACGGGACGCAUACCGACCAGCAUCAACAUACCGGUGAAUCAGGUGAAGCAGGAGCUCGAGCUUCCGGCAACGGCAUUCGAGGCGAAAUACGGCCGCCGCAAACCCUCGCCCACGGAUCCGAUCAUAUUCUGUUGCCGGAUCGGAGUAAGGUCCGGUAACGCGGCUCACGAAGCGGAGCAGAUGGGAUUUAAACGGUAAAUGUGCGGCGUGCAUACCAGCCAGAAUAUAAGAGAAAUUGUUAGGUUUUUGUUUGGUUUGUAUUUCGGCGUUAAAAACUACGUCGGAUCGUGGUUGGAGUAUGCCGAAAAACAAGGAUUGUCCAGCUAAAAAAACCUGCGGGCUAUCAAAGAAAUGCCAAUAAAGGAUCCCCGGGCACUCACUUCUCCAAAAGUUGUGGUGGAUUAAUUCAUUUCCAUGGAAACGCGUCCGUUGGAGCGAGAGAGAAAGAUUGAAUGGAACGGGU